AGCAUGAUUCGACAUGGUUAGAGGUGAUGGCUAGAGACUCGAGACUGACCCGUCUCCGCCUCCUCUUCUAUCUUCUCCUAGGUUGGGUCAGCCUCACAAACAAAUUCCGCGACCUGCGUCCUCAUAAUAAAAGACACCGAUUGCCCGGCGCGCAGACUGACUUUCCUGGCUACUCUGUGAGAAAAGAGGACAAGGACACCUGGCGAGGGCUUGUGCGGAGACAUGUUAACAGUUGCGUUUGCAUUGAGCGCCAUCCUCACCGCUUUACCAGGCUCUGAGGGUAGCAAGUGGACUGUGUCCUUCACCCGGAGAGAGAUCUGUGUCUGGGCUGGGACCACUGUCACUCUCCCUUGUUGGUAUGACUACCCAUCAGGACACACUGUCAGGAGGGUGAUGUGGUUCAGGGUCUCUGGCCGGAGGGAGUUUGCCCACCACUCUGACUCCAGCUUAGUUAGCAUGUCUUAUAGAGGAAGGACAAAGUAUACAGGCAGCCAUAAAAGCUGUGGGAUCCAGAUCACCAACGUGAACCUUGGCGAUGCUGGACAGUACCACUUCAGGUUUGAGACAGACCACCCACAGGGACGAUGGACCUCCCCGGACACCGUCUCGCUCUUUGUCACAGAGCUUCAGGUUCAGGUCCAUCCUGCGAGGACAGGCAACAUGUUUGGGUCAGGAGAGACAGUGUACCUGGGCUGUAUGGCCAGAGGCUGUGCUGCAGAAGGGAGGAGUCUUGCUCUCUACAGGAACGGCAUCAACCUGGGAUCACCUGAGAAGUGGCUGACCAUCUACAACUUUGACAGCCAGCACGCUGGUACCUACACCUGUCGCCCAAUCCCCCCACAGAAUGUCCAGUCUCCACCGCUGGCCUUGACUCUGGGACGUGAGUAG